UGGCGCCGACACAUCUGUCCUUAUUUGUAGUCCGGGCUAGUGUAUUGUUUUCAUCCACAUAAAAGUCAACGAUAUGAGGUUUGGACUUUUAUAAAACUUCGUCGGCCGGUCGCCGAGUACGUGAUGGAGUUCUGACUUUUUCCUCCGCGAAGCUCGCAAUCGCCCAACUUAGUGAAGUCGCCGCGCUAACUAGCUCGCUAAUGCUAAUGCUAAUGCUAAUGCUAACGCUAGCCAACCAGCGCCGUUUGGAUGAAGCCUCGUCGGGGUCGAUUGUGUUUUGACAACAGUCGCCCGCUAACCAAGAGAAGAACAAGCCAACAUGGCGGUGGCCCCUUCCGCCCUAGUGGACAAAAUCAUCGUCUUGGACUACGAUGAAGAGGACAGCCCUCGACCGUCUUUCUCUGCUUCUCGGGAUAAAGCCAGAGCGGUCUCUCACCUCCGAGUUCAGCAGCCCGCCCCAACCCACAUCACGCAGUCCCCUUUCGCUUUGGCCAGCAAGCAGAAGCACGUUCUUCAGGCAGAGAAUGAAAAGUUAUUUUCUGAGUUUGUGGAUCACUGCUCCACCAUGACAGAGGACUGCCCCCAAGUGUUGACCUUCCUCCAAACCAAGCACGCCAAAGCCUGUCCGGUCUACUUGUCAUCCGUGGAGUUCCGCAACAGCUUGGGCCGAUGUUUGACCCGCGUUCAGGCGAACCGCUCCAAGACCUUUGUCUACAUCAAUGAACUGUGCACGGUGCUCCGGCAGCAUGCCGACAAGCGGAGGCAGACGCUGAGCGCGGUUGAGGCCGCCCCCUCUACCUCGGCAUCCGAUUGUCUACCGUCUACCUCGGUCGGGUGCCCAAGCACAAGCCGGAAGAAAGCGGAGAUGAGUGAGCAGGAAGUAGGCGGAGAAGAUGAGAAGCCUUCCACGUCAGGCCUUCAGGAGGAUGAGCAGAAGGCAGAGAAAAGGGCGACGAGGGCGUCCAGGAAGCAGAUCGCGUACCUGGAGAGGCUGCUGAAGGUCUACAACGAGGAGAUCUGCCAGCUUCAGCGGGCCGAGCUGACUUUAGACGACAUGGGGGCCGAGGACUCCUCGUACAUCCAGGAGCACAAGCUCAAGCGCAAGAUGAUGAAGAUUUACGUGAAGCUGUGUGAGCUGAAGGGCUGCGGGUCGCAGACGGGCCGAGUCAUCGAGCAGAAGAUUGCCUACCGGAGCACACGCUAUCCUGAGAUCAACAGGAGGAUUGAGCGUUUCAUCAACAGUCCCGAGGUCCUGAGGAACCCGCCCGACUACCAGGACAUCCUGCAGCAGGUUCUGCUGGCCAACAAGCGCCACAACCUGUGCCUGAGCAGGAAGCAGCUCAACCAGAUCGCCCAGGAGGCUUUCAGGGAGACCGGCAGCCAGAUCCAGGAGAGGCGCCACCUGGACCUGGUCUACAACUUCGGCUCCCAUCUGACCGACGGCUAUGUGCCCGCCAAAGACCCGGCUCUGAUGGACCCAUCGCUGCUCCGGAAGCUGCGCUCGAACCGUGAAGUGGCUCUGAGCCGCCUGGAGGACGUCAUCAGCAAGUACGCCGUCCAACAGGAGGACACGGAGGAGCAGGAGAGGACGCGGCGGCAGGGUAAAGACGGGAAAGAGGGUCCAAAGGCAGAAGGAAGCAAAGCAGUCAACGGAGUGGCAAAAGAGGAAGAAGAGGAGGACGAUGAAACGGAUGUGUCUUCAGACCCAGACAUUGAGGAAGAGAUCCAGGCCAGCACCCAGCAGGAUGGAGCGGAUGACGACAAUGAGGACGACGACGUCAAUGAGGCAGAGCACACCAACAUGGAGGAGCAGACGCUGCCGCAAAGCGUCUCUGCUGCAGCGGUGGCAACGGAAAGCGUGAAAGACGAGGGCGACGAGGCGGUGACGAGUGGGCUCUCCCCCCUCUCGGACGUUAGCAAGUCGCUCAUCUCGCCGCUGUCGGACGUCACGUCUGCUGACGCCAGCCCCAGCCAGUCGGAGGAGCCCUCGCGCGCGCCCUUGGCCGACGGCGGCCUCGACUCAGCCGCCAAGGAGGUGGCGUCCUCGCAGACGCCCCUGCAGAAGGUGGGAAAGUGCAACUCGCCCAUUUCUAACGGCACCAGAAGCAUGAAGAGGAAGAGGACUGACGUGAGGAACCACAUCAGCUUCCACGAGAGCAAAGUGGACGUGCUACUGGACAUGGGCGCCAUCUGCGCGUCUCCACCGCGGGCCAACUGCAAACCAGCUGAGGCGUCCGACUGCGAACUUGUGAGCAGCUCGCAGUCGCCGCCUCCCAGGAAAAACAAGGUCGACGUUGCCACCCAGUGCGACCCUCAGGAGAUCAUCGAGCUCUCGGACUCGGAAUGACCUUUGUUCCCCGGCGGUGCCCGUCCUUCUGCUACAGCAUCAAAUAAAAUCCACACUUUUGUCUUUGAGCCUCUCGUUCUGAUGUGAGAUCAACUUCCUCUCAGGACACCGCGACACCUCUAUUUUUUUUUUAACAUCUUUAGUCACCAGCAGGGGGCGCAGCAACGCCAGUCGGUUUACCGGUUUACAUUUUCAUACUUUUUUUUUUUUAAGGUCCUGAUCUGCUGCUGUCAUCAUGGUUACACAGCACAUUUUUAUAAGUUUUCCACCUAUUUUGGUCUUGGGUCUCAUUUGAAUCUCCAGACCUGAGAGUAAAAAGGCUGCACUUGGCAUCUUUAGCGUAGCACAGAGAGCAGCAGCUAUUAUGAUUUUCAAUAUAAGUCCAGCCAGCAAACAUUCACCUACAAGAACCCAACGGUUUAUAUUUUCUACCACUUUGGUUGAAAUGUGUUUUGGAAAAGCUGCAGGCGGUCCACAAGCCUACUGGACUCAAAUGUUUGUAAUAAAAUUGUUUUUGGAAUAUA